CUGCAGCUAUGCUCAGCUUUAAGACCAUCGCUGUGCUUCUCGCACUCACCGUCUCUAUGCCGGGCGCCCUCGCCCAAUGUCCCGACUGCGCCCGGGACUUUCCACGUGGAUGCGGUGGCGGACCAGCUCGAUGCGUGCGCAUGGGCGCCACUGACACCUGCGGUUGCUAAUGAGAAGAUAAGGGGUUAGCUAAGUUUACGUGGAGUAAUUUAGUUGUGGAAAUAAUUCAGCGUUUGCC